AUGGCCAGCCGCAUCAGCCAACACCAACGCCAACAACAACCGAAAACCUCGGGCGCAGCCGCAGGCGAAGGAUUGGAUAGCAAAGAUAGGAAUGCGGAUGAGCCCAUCGCCCGCUGCACGCCGCGGCACGUCCGCUCCUCGCGCGUGGUGUGGUGGCGGCAUGUCCUAAUUAGCAAAGUCCACGCAGUCACCAAAUCCAAAUCCCGCGAAUCUAUCCGUAUCUCACACUAG